GACGAUGUUGAUAACGAUGCUAUGAUGGAUAUGUAUUUUACUGAAGAUGAUGCGAUAUCAUUAUUUGCACCUGAUAUGGAUGAUCUAUUUAAAGACACAUCUGUUGUACAAGAUGCAAGCAAAAAGCGAGUUUUGUUUUCUGACCGUGGACAAAAAGAAGCUUCAAGCCACUACAAUAAUAACAACAUCAAAAAAAAUUACUGUUCAGUCAAAGUUGAAAAAGACCAACAUUCGAAGUUUGAGGAACCUGAACAGUCUGUUUCGUCGCUGGAUAACUCUGAAAUAAUUAUAAGAAACAGGAAUACUGAUAAUUCUACAGCUCCUUGUGUAAGUGACAGAACUUCAAAGAAACGGAAAAGAGAAGAAAAUAAUGAUCAUUCAGUUAAAAAACAAAGAUUUGGAAAUAAAACUAUUGAUAAUAAGGUACAGACGAAAGGCAAUACAAACAAUCCAGGAAACCAGACGCCGACAUUCAUAAAAACUUACAAACCUCUUGUGUAUCGUGCAAGUAUUGAUACAUAUUUAGUGGAAAAUAAGCCUGGUGAAGCCUGGAGAGUUUUGAAAACUGCUCCUUUGUGUCUACAGUCUGAUGUACAUUUGUUGGAUCAAAUUUUACAACGAUGUGAAACUGCUAAGGAUCCCGACAUUAAACAGCCUAAUGACAAUAUUUUAAUGGGUCUGAUUAGGCAUCACAAUCACCAUGGCGAGUAUGGCAGACAAUGGGAAGUAUUGAAAAAGUGUGACACAUUUGAUAUUGUGCCUGGCAAAAAUGUUAUUAAUGAGAUUGUACAAGGGCUGAGUAAGUGGAAUCAAGAGAAGAAAAUGAUGGCUACUGCCAUCUUGCAUAAGCACUAUCCUGUAUUUGACAAUGGAGCUUCCUGUGUAAAUAAUGAUAUUGUAAACAGAGGAAUACGACGACCUGUCUCUAUUCUUGGAUCUCCACCUAACGUGCAUCCUAGAAAUGCACCUCCUGAUGUGAAGCAAGCUGUCUGCAGUGAAGCUGUGAGGCAGAAUGCAGCAUUUGGUAAAGAUCAUGGAAGUCCACAUAAGCUACCAAGAAGAGGAUAUAACAGGACUGAAUACCAUGAAAAGAGAUCCCAUUCACGGCCAUCUGUUUCUUACGAGGCAAAAUAUAGCAGUCAAGUGGGUCGGAAUAGCAGGAACACAGAUCAGUGCAGGCAAGCCAGCAGGAUGAGCAAGAACACAGAUCACUUCAGACGAAGGGGUAGGACAAAUAGGGAGGUAGAUCAGUGCAGUCAAGCAAGCAGGGAAAGCAAGAAGAUGGAUCAAUGGUCAUCUGUUAAUGGUUGUGAUGUUUCUCAAUCAGAUACUGGCUAUCUCAGCUAUGGUGAUAACAACAAAGAUAUGAAUGACAGUUUGGGCAAGAUUGACACUCGGCUAGAUGUACAUGCAACAAAACACUAUGUUGAAACAAUCAAGAAUACAAGACACGUAGCUGAUCUUGCUCAGACGUACCACAAGAUAAGUUUUGAGAAUCUCAAUAUGAUGACUAAUGAGGUAAAACGAGCUUUCAUAAAGUGUUUAGUGAGAGAACAAGAAACAUGUGGAAGAAAAUUUCUUGAGUUUAUUAAAAAUAUUGAGAAAUGUUACAAGACUGAUUUACGAGAAGAUGACAAGAAGAUCUUGGCCUUUAUUGCUAUUGGGAUCUUAUGUACAUGUUAUGAUAAUAACAUAUGGAGUGAAGGUUUCCAUUUGCUUUAUGCGUUGCAUAGCUACAACAUUUUCUACCUGCAUAUGGUGCCUUAUAAAGAUGAAAUGAUCUUUCCUGCUAAUUGCAUG